UGGGCUUGCAAGCCACGAGAAGGCAACCAAUCCUAUCUAAAUAUAAUCCAGCCAUGGAGAACACCCCCUCUGGUAUCAAACUAUUUGGCUCAUGGGCCAGCUCCUACACCCACCGAGUGCAACUUGCCCUCAAGCUCAAGGGCCUGGACUUCGAGUACGUGGAAGAAGACCUCACCAACAAGAGCCCCUCCCUCCUCCUCUACAACCCCAUCUACAAUAAGGUCCCUGUCCUCCUCCACCUCGACCGCCCCAUCGUCGAGUCUGUCAUCAUCCUCCAAUACAUCGACGAGACCUGGACCGACCGUCCAAUCAUGCCCGCCGAUCCCUACGAGCGCGCCCUCACCCGCUUGUGGUGCUACUUCGCCGACGACAAGCUUGGCCCUGCAGUCGGCGCCGUGUUUGGAUCGGCAGGUGAGGAUCAGAAGGCUGCUGUGGCUCAAGUCCAUGAGAAUUUGAAGCUGGUUGAGACCGAGCUCCGGGAGGGAGCUUUCAAGGGGAGGAGGUUCUUUGGAGGUGAUAGGAUUGGUAUCUUGGACAUUGUUCUUGGAUGCGGUUCCUACUGGCUUGCAGUGUUUGAUGAGGUCAUGGAGGUGAAGCUUGUCGACCCCGAAGCGUUUCCUCUCUUCCAUGCAUGGCUCCGAGAGUUUGAAGAGCAGGAGGAGGUGAAAGAGAUCAUUCCGGCCAUUGAUAGGUUGCUCGAGUACGCCAGAGGCAUUCGUCAAAUGAUGCUUGGUCUCAAGGACGCCUCUACCCCCACCACCGCCGCCGCUGCCACCACCACCACCACCACCACCACCACCACCGACAAUGGCAGUGUAGUUGUUGAAAGUGCUGGUAGUGUUUAAAAGGGUACAGUAGGGUCUUCCUAAGAUUUGGGUUUGAUUUUAGUAUGGUAGCAUAACAGGUCUAGUAGAUGGACUCCUUAAAUUGUGGUCAUAGUUUCUUGUGUUAUGUCAUGUGAUUAGUUGCUUUAAAUAUGGUUUCUGGUUGUGUAGAUGUAAGUUUUCUUAUGUUGGUGGUUGGAGCAUCUUCUGCUUGAUAGCAUGGGUAUGUGGAACUUCUUUGUUGAAUUCAACGCUCUACAGCUCGUUUCU